AUGGCUUAUGAAGGAAACAGAGAUUCCUCUGUUUUGGAUGGGUUCACUCUGAAUCCUCUGCCAUAUCCUGUUCUGUUGAUCUUAGCAGUGAUCUUCAUCUUCCUUGGUAGUUCAUGGUACUUUUCCUAUGAAGAAGUUGUUGAAAAUGCUCAAGAACAAUUGGGUUGGGUUUUAUUUGCCACACCAGUGAUUCUCAUACUUAUAGUUCGUUUGUUAUCAUCCAUGGAUGAUUCAGAAUGGUUUCCUGGUUCUUCCAUAUGGGGAAGGCGCAGGACAACCUACCAAACCCCCUCAGAAGGAAGCUCUCCAUGGGGUGUGGCUGCUUUGAUUGUUGUUUUGUUGCUUUUGGUGCAGUUUCAAUCUUCUUUUCUUGAGGGUUGGUUUUAUUGA